AGGCGAAUAACAUUAAACACAAUCGAAUAGAAGUGCGCUAGUAUAAUUCCAAGAAUAUAUUGUGCAAAUAAUUGAGAAAACAAAACAAUAAGUCAAUAAACAUUACAUAAAAUCUAAUGAAAUGCAUGAAAACUUUUAAUAGUGAAUAAUUAAAUUGUGAGUUUAUCUUGGGUGAUUCUGCAACAAAAUAAUCACUCAGUUUCAGUGUAAACUAGUGAAGAAAUAUAAAAAAGAAACAUAGGUACAUGUGAAAAAUAACUACGCAUUAACAAAAAUAAAUAAAACAGAAACAUACAAAUCGUUCAAAUAAUACUUUUUGUGUAUUUGCUUGCUUAUUUAUAUCAAAUUUUUUGUUGACAAAGAAAUGUAAACAAAUUUUCAGUUGAUUUUAGCAUACAUAUUUAUUUUCGUUUGUAUUACUAAAAGAAAACCAUUUAAUUCGCAGAAGAAAAUACAAAUUUUGUUUAAUUGCAAAUUUAUGCCAGAACAGAUUAGCCAUUGUGUGUGCAAGAUUCCCCUCUAGAAGUAAACCAUUUUGAAUAAUACAAAAAUUAUUUGUAUUACUAAUUUUUAAUUUAAAAAAAAAAAUCAAAAUUUGGAUUUCUCCCGGCUUUCGCAGAGCAACAUAUUAAACUAAACAGCAGUCAGUACAAUUUGGAUAUUUUCCCCAACUUUCGAAGAGCUGUCACACAAAGAAUUUAAUAUCAUUAUAAAAACACAUCAGCUACAUUGUGAUAGUACCUUGCAUAGUAAGGUAUUUUCCCGGCUUUCGAAAAGCAAUAACACAUAAAGAAUUUAAGUUCAUCUUGGUUUUUUUACAUAAAAACCUAUCAGCUCCAUUGUGAUAUUAUUAGUUUAAGUUUAACUAAAGCGACAACAAGAUCAACAGCAUUUCAAAAUGAAUUCCACAGCAGGAUUUUUUGAUGAUCAUAUUGUUAUGUUAUAUACUCAUUUGGUCAAUCAAUAUGUGCCCGAAUAUAUUAAGGGUCUCGAAUAUACUCCCUGGGUAUUUUCACUGCUGGGUUCAGUGGUUAUAGGUUUAAGUGGCAUACUGCCAUUGCUUAUAAUACCAACAGAUGAGAAAUUAAACAAACAAGGAUACAAAGAUCCUGGUGAAUCAAAGUUCCUAAAAGUUUUACUUAGUUUUGCUGUGGGCGGUCUUUUGGGUGAUGUUUUUCUGCAUUUAUUACCGGAGGCCUGGGAAGGUGACAAUGAAAAAUCAACUUCAUCUGGUCAUCCCUCCCUAAACUCUGGCCUUUGGGUUCUAUCGGGUAUAUUAAUUUUCACAAUAGUGGAGAAAAUUUUCUCCGGCUAUGCCAAUGCCGAUGAGGAAAAUCCUCAACCGAAAUGUGUAGAAAUUGCAAAUUGUUUAAUGCGUCGCACUGGUGGUAAAAUAUUGGAAGGACAAACGUCCGAAGGCUGUGGCGGUAAAGGUUGUGACAUUGAAGAUGUACCCAACGGUUGUUUUUUGCGCGAACGUGAGCAAAAAACUAAAGAUCAGCCAAAAAAGGUGGCUGGUUAUUUGAAUCUUAUGGCAAAUUCUAUAGAUAAUUUUACGCAUGGUUUGGCAGUGGCUGGUUCAUUUUUGGUCUCAUUUCGUCAUGGAGUUUUGGCUACAUUUGCCAUAUUGUUGCAUGAAAUUCCCCAUGAAGUUGGUGAUUUUGCAAUUUUAUUACGUUCCGGCUUCAGUCGAUGGGAUGCAGCACGCGCUCAAUUGUUAACAGCUAGUGCUGGUCUUUUGGGUGCUUUAGUAGCUAUUGGUGGUUCUGGUGUUACUUCUGCCAUGGAGGCUCGUACCUCCUGGAUUAUGCCAUUUACCGCUGGUGGCUUUUUACACAUAGCACUGGUUACAGUAUUACCGGAUUUAUUGCAAGAAAACAAUCGCCUUGAAUCGAUUAAACAAUUCUUGGCUUUGAUAGCCGGCAUAGCCGUAAUGGCCGUGAUGACCAUACUCUUCGAACACUAAAACUUACAAACAUUUAAACAAAAUAACCAGAAACAUGAAAUUUAAACUAUAAUAAUGAUUUAGUGUUAAUAAGCUUUUUACCAAAUUAAAAAUUAGUUUAUGACAAACAAAAAAUAUAUAUAAAAAAAAGUACAAACUUUUGCUCUACAAUCGGAAAUUUCAUCGUGUUGUAUUUUCUUAAUUUUUUAUUUGGUAUUUCGCUUUUCCAUUUACAAUAUUCAUCUUUAAAAAAUAAAAAUUGUGUAAAUUAUUCUUUAUACAUACAUGUAUUUAUAGAAUUAGCUAGUGCGUAUGACUACUACGAAAUAUAUAAAAUAUUUUUUUUUAGAUUUUUUCUUGUUAAUUAGUUGUUAAAAGAAAGAAACUAUUCAUAUUUGAAUACAUACAAUUAAACAAAAAAAAAAAUAGUUGUUGAAAUAAAUUUAUUUUCUAUUAUUUAAUUAAUUAUGUAUAAUAUAAACUAAACAUUUUUACAAAAGCCAUAAAUUAUUAUAAAUCGAAAUUUUCAUUAAUUAUUUUCUUUUCUUUUAAUUUUACUUUUUUAGUUACAUAGGUAUGUUAUUUAUAAAUAAAAGAAUUUUUUUGUGUGAUAUACAAAAAUUAAAAUAAAACAA